AUGCGAGAGAGACGGUUUAGCGCGACCACGAGCGCUGCUCGUGGAAACAAAACCGCGACGAAUAUUGAAAAGAAAAAGACGAAAAAGAAGACCUCGCUCUCUUCGUCGGUAUCGUUUUCGCAGCUGGUGUGCUCUCCAGAAGAAGCUCUCAACGAGAAGAAUAUCACUUUAACGACGACGACGGGGAAAAACAACAACCUUGGUUUUAAAAUGAUUCGAACGGAAUUGGACCAAGUCGUUCGGUGUGCCGAGAAGAGUACUGAUACUACUACUGCUACUCAUAACAACGAGAGAGGCGGCCACCAGAGAUUAGUCGCUCGCGUGGUGGUUUUGGACGACGACGAGGACGAGGAGGAGGACGAGGAGGACGAAGAGGAGGAAGAUUCGGACGUGGAGGAGGAGAUUGAAGGAACGCAAGUUCCGCUCAGCGCAGGCGGGGGGAAGAAGCGUAAGAAGAAGAAGACGGAUGAUAACAACAACGGCGAGAUGGGAGAUUUUGAUGUUGUUGAUGAUGAUGAUGAAGAGAAAGAAGAAAAUGCGCAAAAACUAUUCGCGACGACUUUGACGACGGCGACGCCGGCGACGGCGAGGCGAAACAAGGACAAGUUUCGAUUGCAUCAGAUGUGCGCGGAGGGAGACGCGCUCGGCGUGAACGCGUGGUUAUUAAAGUCGUCGUCGUCGUCGUCGCGGAGACGGCACGUGAAGAAUAUCGUCGAUGAGAAGAAGAAGAAGAAGGGGGUAAAGUCGGCGAAGAAGUUUUUCGCGAGCGGGACGCCGGCUGACGCGAUGGGAGGACAGACGUGGCCGCCGCCGCCGGUGAAGGAGAUAUUCGAUGCAAAAACCGGAAGGAAGUUGACGCCAGAGGAUGGGAAAAGCGGCGAUGGUGACGAAGGGGACGAUGAAGACGACGACGAUGACUCCGCAAAAUACGACGAAAAAGAAUGCGAUGUGAACGUUCGAGACGAUAACGGUAACACGCCGCUCGCGAUCGCAUCGGCGUUGAGCGAUGAAGAGGUUUCGGUAUCUAUUACCGAAGCGCUUCUCAGGGACGAACGCAUCGAUGUGUUUGGCUUUUGCGACGUGGACGGAUACGCCGCCGUGCACUGGGCGUGCAAAAUCGGUAAUGCCAAAACGUUGGAAAUGUUGCUCGCGCACGAUCAAUCACUGGUCGACUUCCGAGCGGAUGAUUUGAAGUGUAGCACUCCGGCGAUGGUCGCGUCGAGGUACGCGCAAAUCGAGUGUCUAAGCGUUCUGAAAGCGUUUCGGUGUGACAUCAAUUUGCGAGAUAUUUACGGAACCUCGAUAGUAUACGAGUGCGCCAGCGAACUGGGCACAUUGAAAGAACGAACCAAAUGGCACUCGAAAACACGAAAAUUUCUGUUGGAUACUUUUCCAGAGCUCCGCGUGGCUAUUUUACACCACGCGGAUUGCGGUGAUCACGUUUCUGUCAGACCGCAUCAAGAAUCGCCCGAUCGAAUCGUCGCCAUUUUGAAAGCGCUUGAAAGCGCUUCGGACGAUAAGUCGUCGCUGAAAGCGAGCGGAGGCGGAUUUUUCAAAGACGAGUUUCAUCUCGACGACGCGUUCGAGGAAGCCGACCCCGAGGAUGUCCUUCGAGCGCACACGGAAGACUACGUGGCGACCCUGGCUGAACUCGGCGAAGCCGUCGGCGAUACGCCCAUCGCAUUCACACCGUUCGUACAAACAAAAAGAGGAGUACCGCCGAGGAAAAUAAAACCAAUCGCCAACUCGGAUACGUUUUGGUCGAGUGGGACGUUACGCGCCGCUUCGCGAGCCGCCGGGGCUGCCGUAGAAGGCGUCAAACGCGUCGUGGAAGGGAAAAGUAGACACGUUUUUUGCUGCGUGAGGCCGCCUGGACAUCACGCAGGCUUGGAAGGUGCCACGGAAAACGCCGUCUCGUCGGGAUUCAGUCUCGUAAACAACGCCAUGAUUGGUACGUUUGUCUCUCUCUUUUUCUCUUUUCGUUCUUCCGUUUUUUGCGUCCGUUUCUCGGCUCUCAUAGAAAGCGCAGCGACUGUCCUUCUCUGUUUUGACGAAGUGACCCGUGUCGUUGUGACUGAUACCAGAGCCACACAUCAAAUUUUUGUUUAA